AUGUCGACCUCGAUUGCUUCGGGACUUUUCAAGUCCCUCCCCAAACCAAAAUACACUGGCGAGGAGGAGGAGUUGCCACAGCAUGCGCAACCCCGUGGUCCGCGCGUGGUUGGCGCCGACCAGAUUGAUGAAACACAAGUUGUCUUACGGAGGACUGGACCCCCGCCCUAUGGAAACCGUGCAGGAUGGCGACCUCGCGCCCCCGAGGAUUUUGGUGACGGCGGCGCGUUCCCUGAGAUUCUAGUCGCACAGUACCCCCUCGACAUGGGCCGAAAGGGAAAGUCAAAAUCAAAUGCGCUUGCUCUUCAGGUCGAUGCUGAAGGCAAAGUCAAGUACGACGCGAUCGCCCGCCGCGGACACGCCGAUAACCGCACCGUCCAUGCCUCAUUCAAGGAUUUAAUCCCGCUCCGACAGCGGGUGGAUAUGGGAGAGAUAUCGCUGGAUAAGCCGUCUGAGGAGGAGAUUCAGGCUCAGAUGGAGAAGACAAAGGCUGCGCUUCAGACUUUGGUCGAAGGAGCUUCGUCGGCGCAGAAACCGAAGAACGUCAAGGGCGGACAAAGAGCAGAGCCAACUUUUGUUCGAUACACUCCGGCCAACCAGAUGGGCAACACUGGCCGCCAAAAUGAUCGCAUUAUGAAGAUUGUCGAGAGGCAGCUGGAUCCUAUGGAGCCGCCCAAGUUUAAGCACAAGAAGAUUCCCCGUGGCCCGCCCUCCCCGCCUCCUCCCGUUAUGCACUCGCCACCUAGGAAGCUCACUGCGGAGGAUCAAGAAGCUUGGAAGAUUCCCCCACCUGUGUCGAAUUGGAAGAAUCCCAAGGGUUACACCGUGCCUUUGGACAAGCGUUUGGCUGCAGAUGGUCGCGGACUACAAGAUGUCUCAAUCAACGAUAAAUUUGCCCAGUUUGCGGAAGCUUUGUUUACGGCAGAUCGGCACGCGCGUGAAGAGGUGCAGCUCCGAGCUCAGAUGCAGCAGAAGUUGGCAGAGAAGGAGAAGGCACAGAAGGAGGAGCAUCUUCGGAUGUUGGCGCAAAAGGCUCGUGAGGACCGUGCUGGCCCCAGCGCUCGCGUGUCUCGAGCUCGUUCCCGUUCCCGAAGUGCCAGCCGCAGUGUCUACUCCUCCAGAUCAGCUACCCCCAGUGAAGAUGACGAAGCCGCCCGAGACCGCGCAGAGCAGCGCCGCGAGCGACGCCGCGAAGAUGAACGACAGCUGCGCCAGUCUCGCAUGGGCACGGAGCGUCGCAUUCAAGCCAUGGCCCGAGAACAGAACCGUGAUAUCUCCGAGAAGGUCGCGCUUGGUCUGGCCAAGCCUACGCAGAGCUCUGAAUCUAUGUGGGACUCGCGUUUGUUCAAUCAGACCAGUGGCAUGCAGUCUGGUUUCAAUGAAGAUAACCCUUACGACAAGCCGCUGUUCGCCGCGCAGGACGCCAUCAACAGCAUCUAUCGUCCACGUGCCCAAGCUGAUGCCGAUGACGAAGAUGCAGGCGAAGGCGAGAUGAGCAGGCUUGAAAAGACCAAGCGAUUCGAGGUCCUGGGUCGUGCCAAGGAGGGAUUCCGUGGCGCUGCUGAAGCCGAGGAGCGCCAAGGUCCUGUCCAAUUCGAGAAGGACACUGCUGAUCCAUUUGGCAUUGACAACAUGAUUGCCGAUGUGACUGCGGGCCAGAAGCGUUAUGGAAUCCAGGAAGCUGAGGGUGAUGACCGCAAGUCGAAACGCCCGAGGGUCGACGACGAAUAA